UUUAUGCACUAAAGCAAACAAAACACCUCGAGGUAUUUAUCAUAUACAGAGCAGUUUCACAGCACAAUAUGUUUCACAUGCUGGCUCCUGAAAACACUUUUUAGGCCGAGUGCUACCAGGAUCAAGAGGUUUGUCUCUCUGAAAGAACUGAACUGGGAUUUGAUCUUGUUCAUCUUCUCGAUCUCCCUGGCCAGAUUUCAUGAAGCUGUUCUUCUGAGGAUUUGAAAUGGAGUCUAUUGAGAAAGCAAGAAAUCACCACCACAGAAUGGAGCAGAUGCCAAAAGGAGAAACGUCACAGUUGAUUCCGGGACUUAAUCCUGAAGGGUCCUCAAAAGAGGAUGAAGAUUUCCUUUCUGAACUGAAUCCAGAAGAAAAAGAAUGUCUGGAGUUCUUGAUUCAGACAAUCAACAAUUUGGAUAAGGAAAUCUCAGAAGACGAUGAGUGGAGUCAUGAGAAAAUGGAAGGAUCUCUAGGUACUCAGGUCCAAUGUCAGCAUCAUGUCAUCUGCAGCAUGCAGCAACAAAGUACAUUUGAGGAAAAUGCCCCGGUGAAAAAUGGUCCCUGCCCAGCAGUUGCUAAAAGUAAAAUGAUCAAGUCCCGUUCAGAGGAGUCCGAUGAAGUCACUUUGAGGAGAUGGUCUGAUCCUUAUCAUCCUCGAGCCAAACUUCCUGCUAAAUCAGCCAACUCUCACCCCACCCACUCAAAGAAGUUUGACACCAUACUGAAGUCAGGAGUCAACGUUCAGGAACUCCGCUUACGUUUCUUGCACCACCUCGACAAUUCUGCCUCUGCCAAGCAACCGGCAAACGAUACCGUGAGACUUUUGUCCGAUAGUCAAAGAUCUACACGGGAUGAAGCAAUGGAGAAGCUGGGCUUUCUUCAGAGAGACAAAGCUUUUCUGAACGCACGUCAACACAUCCCGUGUUCUGAAAGGCCAGACAAAGAGGCAACUGCAGGUUCCACCCACACACUUAAGAAGUAUCCAUAACCGUUGCUCCCGUCCAGGAAGAGAUGCUUUCUUAAACCAGCUGAAAGCCAAGCAAGAACAUCUCUUCUGAUAUGGUAUUGAACAAAACAAUCCUUUUUGUUGGAUUAUCUUCUGCAAAAUGCUAGUAGACCAGAAUACGGAACCUGUAAUGUACUGUUUGUGGCAAUGUAUUUAACAGCAUUUCUUGUAUUAUUAUUAUAUUUUUUUUGCACAGAGCAUCUCAUUAUUGGUACAAUAGUUAGUUGAGAUACAUCAUGUUGACUUUUAAUUCCAUUUCUAAACUUUUUAAUGUUGCUCCCUUAACCCCUGGAGCAAUGAAAGAGAUAUUUUGUGAAAACGGAGACCAGUUUCCUUCCUUCAGACUCAACCUAAUACUUUUACUUAUAAGAUCAAAGCAAAUGCACUCAAGGUCACAGGGUGCUUUUGGUCUUAGCUUUUACUAGGCAGUCUCCUGGUCUUCUUCCUCGAAUUAUAUACAGGAUGAAAACAAUAUUGUUUUCUAGUCAGCACUUCCUAUGUUUUGCUAGCGCAACUUCCAACAUUGUCAUUUCUACAGAUCGUGGGAGGGGAACCCGAAGCAAUGCAUUGUUAAGAUCCAGUAGUGGGUUUCAAUUUUGGCCGCUACAGGUUCGCUCAUGGGCACAUGCGCACUCAUGCACGCAUGCAACGUUUCUGCGCAUGUGCAAAGACAUCCGGGAGGGUGGGCAGAGCCUCCCGCCACCACCGCUACCAGUUUGCCCGAUCUGGGGAGAACCAGUAGCAACCCACCACUGCUAAGAUCCCUUUAACUAUUCAAGAGCAGAUCUCUUUUGAAUGUUAUAUUUGGCUUGUGUGAGUCUCUGGCACAAAUUGGAACAUAAAUAUCCCUCUGCAGCAGAGAUCGGGAGGAAUAGCUGCCAGGUCUCUAAUGAAGAACAUCGUAUUUCCUUCAUAAUGGAUCCAUAUAUUCUAACUGAUGCUACAGCCAACUACUGUUUUCAUUAGGAAGCAAUGUCUUUUUUUUUUUUUUUACAAAAAUAAGAUUUUAUUUCCUUAUUACCUUUUUUAAAAUUCUACAAAAUACCCAAAGGGGAACUUCAAUCAAAAAACAUAGACAUAUACGAAAGCUAUUGCCUACUAAUUUUGUGUUAAUAUUAGCAUCACUUUUGGAAAUGUUCUACAAGGAAAACUCUAUUACAUGUUGAUUAGUUUUCAGCUUUCUGAACAAUAACGGUGCAUUAUCAUAUCAUAUUCCUGUGAGAGAAAUCAAUUAAAUAUUCAGUUUUCCAUUAAUUUAUUGCUUUUUCUUUUCUUUUCUUUUUUUCAGUUUAACAUGUUACGUUUCCAAUGGUGGAAAGUGCACAUUUUUAGGUAAAUAAGUUAUAUUAAAGCAAUCCAACUUUGUGGAUCUUGAAAAAGCUAUGCCAACUUGGAUGGGAGACCAAUAAAAAAUACAUCUCUA